CCAUUUAAAUCCCCAUCUCUCCCUCCUUCUCCCUGCUUUUCCACCAAACACUCAACAUCUUUCAUCACUUUACAUCAAAACUUUCUCCUCACUUCAACAUGGUUCAGUCGCGAUCUGAAGUCAUGCAGCAGUUGGCCUCUCUGUCGACUGCAGAGAUUCUCAGUCUUCUCACUGAUGAAACCAUCCUCGAAGUUGCUGCCAAGUACUUCGAAACCCACGCCACCAACAUCGAUGUCAAUCUGCCUCUGAGCCCUACUGAGGUGGACGCUAUCUUGACUCCUCCAUCUCCCACUCAGUCCGAUGUCACCCCUGCUCCUCGUGCCAAGCGGCCUCUCAAUGCUUUCAUGGCAUUUCGCACUUUCUACAUGAAAAUCUUCCCGGACAUCCAGCAGAAGAGCGCUUCUGGCUUCUUGACCACUCUUUGGAACAAGGACCCGUUCAGAAACAAGUGGGCACUCAUUGCAAAGGUCUACUCUUUCGUGAGGGAUGAGGUCGGCAAGCGCAACAUCGCCUUGUCGCGCUUUCUUGAUGUUUGCUGUCCUGCCAUGAACAUCAUCCACCCAAGCCGCUACAUCGCCGCUCUUGGCUGGUCUGUUACUUAUGAUGACGCCGGCUGCCAUGUCCUCCAUCAAGACCGCCCGACCGACCUGGACCAUUUCCAGAAUGAGGUUGUCCCAAGCACUGAGAUGGAUCUCCUCCGUGCUCUUCUGCAGACAGGGUACCUUUCUGAUCGCGGUCUGGCACUCCUGGAGCGACUCGGCGAGAGCACCAACGGAAUCAUGACCACCUACGGAUCGUCGAUUGAGCCACCAGCGAUGCAGACUCCGGAGAAGAUUAGCUUCAUUGAGACCAUUCGAGCAGAUCCAGUUCACGCGGCGAAGGAACUGUUUCGGGCUAGAGAAGAUGAGUAUCUCAACCCCCGGGCAGUUGCCACCUACGAAGUCCACGAUCUUAGCAGCGCACCCUACACUGCGAUGCAAGCUCCUCAGCCGGAUCCUCUCCAGUACUACAACUUCGCUGGGGCGAGCAUGGGACUUCGCCCAGGCAGAACCUUCCACCUUCGCAGUGUUGAGGAGUUCGAUUCCAUUGACAUCGACAGCCCCUACGACGUCGAUGCCAUGAUGGGAUACACUCAGUCAGAGGGCGAGAGAACUGAGGGUCAAGAGGACACGAACCCUUACGAUCCUCAGUCCGAGUAUCACCCCCUGGGUUAAGCUCGCUUUCAGUCUCGGUUGGACAGAGAUGGUUGGACAGUGGGAGAGGUACGAGAUGAUGGCACACAUGUGAAGUGUGGAUAACACUGGGAGGAUGCUCGGAAAGGAAUUUGUUCUGUUUAGCUCACUCCGAAACACAAAAUGACUUGAUUCUGAAUGCUAUAUUUCCUUGCUACAA